AUGUUUUCUUCUUCUACUCUCGUUUAUUCUCUUACGCUUUUCCUCUCUCUUUCUCUUCUCUUCUUCCUCUUCUUCCUCUCUCCACACAUCCUUCUCUCUUCCUCUCGCCACCAAAAUCUCCUUUCAACCGCCGAUGAACUCGACGACCUCUCUCUCUUCCACCGCGCCGCCGUCUCAUCCUCCAACAACCGUCGUCUAAUCUCUCUCUCACCGAUUCCUCGACCUAAGAUCGCGUUUCUCUUCCUAACAAACUCAGAUCUCACUUUCUUGCCUCUUUGGGAAACCUUCUUCCAAGGUCACGAAGAUCUCUACAACGUUUACAUCCACGCAGAUCCAUCUUCCGGUGUAUCUCCGUUACUCGAUUCGUCGUCAUCGAUCAAAGCUAAAUUCAUCCCGGCGAAGAAAACCGCACGAGCUUCUCCGACGUUAAUCGCAGCGGAACGUCGAUUGUUAGCUCGUGCGAUUAUCGACGAUCCUAACAAUCUCUAUUUCGCUCUCGUCUCUCAACACUGUAUCCCUCUCCAUUCUUUCCCUUACAUUUACAAUCACCUCUUCUCAGAUCGAUCCUCUUCUUCUUCUAACCCUAGCAGCUUCAUCGAGAUCCUCUCCGAUGAGCCUUUCCUCCCGAAACGAUACAACGCGAGAGGAGACGACGCGAUGUUACCGGAGAUUCGGUACGAAGAUUUCCGUGUUGGAUCUCAGUUCUUCGUUCUUGCGAAACGUCAUGCUUUGGUUGUGAUCAAAGAGAGGAAACUAUGGAGGAAAUUCAGAUUACCGUGCGUUGAUACAGAGUCUUGUUACCCUGAAGAACACUAUUUCCCGACUUUGUUGUCUCUUGAGGAUCCUAAAGGUUGUAGCCACUUCACGCUCACUCGUGUUGAUUGGACCGGAAGCGUCGGUGGUCAUCCUCACACGUACGGUGCUUCCGAGGUUUCGCCUCAGCUGAUUCACUCGUUGAGGAGAUCUAAUUCAAGUUUAGAUUACUUCUUCGCGAGAAAAUUCUCGCCGGAUUCAUUGCAACCAUUGAUGGAGAUAGCUGAUGCUGUGAUCUUAAGGGAUUGA